UUAUUAUCAUCAAAAGCGGCACCGAGAAUUUCAUCAAAUAAAAAAAAAACAGCAAUUUAGGGUUUUUAUUUUUAAUAUACCAACGGAACGACACGACAUAGCAGAAAAGAACAGAGAAGAAGAGAGAGAAAAUUAUAAGCAUCAAUUGAUAUUUUUCUGUUCUGUAACGGAACAUUUUAGUUUUUUUGUUCAUAGCUGUGUGCUGUGUAGAGACGAAAACUGCCACCACUCAUUUUCCAAAGAUACAGACAGGUUACAACCUUAACGUCGUUGGUUCUUCCGCCUCUCUUUUCAAUCUCCGUCACUGAUUAUCUUAUAAACCCCACUUUCUCUUUCUUUUCUUUAAUUAAUCUCAAAACCCCGUUUUUGCGUUUGGAAACAACGCACGUUUGCGUCGUUUCUUUGCUUCUUUACUAAGAUUUCUUCGAUUCAAAACUUGUUCUUCUAAACCACGAUCUACGACAUUUCUUUUUGAGGAUCGGUGGUUCAAUCAAUCGAUCGAUCUGGUUUUUUGAUUUCAUUGAAACCUAAACGCGAAAAUGUGGUGGAUGAUGGGUGAAACUGGAGGGAAUUAUUGUUCUAAAAAAACUGAUGAUUUGUGUAGCAAUGUUUGUGGCCAGGAAUCAAGUCAAGUAUCGAACAUGUCAAGAGUUCGCUGCAUUUUGCGUGGUUUGGAUGUGAAAACCUAUAUAUUCCUGUUUGCAUUUGUCCCAAUGUGUAUUUUUGGAAUAUAUAUACAUGGACAGAAGAUCUCUUACUUUCUGCGGCCACUAUGGGAAAAACCACCCAAGCCUUUCAAUGUUAUCCCUCAUUACUAUAACGACAAUGUUACUAUGGAGAAUCUUUGCAGACUUCAUGGUUGGGGAGUUCGUGAGUAUCCAAGGCGUGUUUAUGAUGCUGUGUUGUUUAGUAAUGAGAUUGAAAUACUUACCUUGCGUUGGAAAGAAUUGUACCCCUACAUAGCUGAAUUUGUGCUCCUUGAGUCAAACUCUACAUUUACUGGAUUGCCUAAGCCUCUGGUUUUCAAUGGUAAUAGGGAGCAGUUCAAAUUCGUCGAGCCACGGUUAACUUAUGGGACAAUUGGUGGAAGAUUUAGGAAAGGAGAAAACCCGUUUGUUGAGGAGGCAUAUCAGCGUGUAGCAUUGGAUCAACUCCUUAAGAUUGCUGGUAUUACAGAUGAUGACUUGUUGAUUAUGUCUGAUGUGGAUGAGAUACCAAGUGCUCACACUAUUAACCUCUUGAGAUGGUGCGAUGAAAUACCUUCAGUCUUGCAUCUACAGCUGAAGAAUUAUCUUUAUUCAUUUGAGUUUCUUCUGGAUGAUAAGAGCUGGAGGGCUUCGAUUCACAGGUAUCGGUCUGGCAAGACGAGAUAUGCACAUUAUCGUCAGUCUGACAACAUGUUGGCAGAUGCUGGGUGGCAUUGUAGCUUUUGCUUCCGUCGAAUCAGUGAUUUCAUUUUUAAGAUGAAAGCUUACAGUCAUUAUGAUAGAGUUAGGUUCUCUCACUACUUAAAUCCCGACAGAAUUCAGAAAGUAAUAUGUGAAGGGGCUGAUCUAUUUGAUAUGCUUCCUGAAGAGUACACUUUCAAGGAGAUCAUUGGUAAAAUGGGUCCAAUACCCCAUUCAUAUUCUGCAGUGCACCUUCCUGCUUUCCUUCUGGAAAAUGCAGAGAAAUAUAAAUUUCUCUUGCCUGGGAAUUGCAUGAGAGAGAGAUGAUAUGACAAAAUCAUUAAAAGGUUCAUGCGCUUAUUGCUAAGCUUGUAGCUUGUGCAGCUCAAGUGGGUCUUCUUAUGAGGGUUUAGCCGAGGUUGUGAUGAUUGCGUGUCACUCAUGCGGGGCUGUAUUAUUGUCCAGUGAGAUAUUCUUUGGGAAUUCAUUGAGUUAUUCAGACAAAUUCUUUGAUCGAGAGGGAAUUCUGUAUAUAAUUUAGAGGUGAACUUCAUUCAAGGGGAGCAGUAUCUAUUCUAACCAGCGAUAGAAAGUGCCGCUUGCCUUUGUGAACUUCUGUGUUUAUUUGGUAUCAGUGUGGCUGAUGCCCAGAUAUACAGUAGAGUAGUUUAAAAUUGGAUCUUUUCCUGUUUGGGAAGUUUUGUUUUGCAGACCCAUUUUCAUUCUUAUUAUUCUUUGUCUAUGUUAAAUAUGUCUAAUUUGGUUGCUUGGUCCACAUUCACAACACUGCUGACUUAGUUUUAUUGUGCAUUAUAUGAAAACAGCUCUGUUGCCAUCAAUAGGAUACUUCAGACUCUGUUUUUGCGAUAAUCAGAACAUCAUGCAUUCAUAUUUAUAGCAUUGUAGUCUAUGAAGCACAGACAUGACACGACACUGACAUGGAUAAAAUUGAGAAGUUACAUAAAUUUAAUGCAAUCACAAGUGUCGUGUCGGAUACCAGGAUACACGUUCAAUCAGAAGGGCCCGUGCAACUUAGUAGUUAUAAAUUUGCACAUCGCUGAUCUAA